UAGUCGCCAGGGCAACACUCAUAUAUAAAGUGAGGUCCGUCCGUUAUAACGUUAUUCUUCUUACAUCGACCCCUCGUUGUCGAACUGUAAGAUCUCUCCGCCAAGAAUCUUUUCUCACCCGGCCAACCAACACUACCAGAAACAAUGCGUGAGUGCAUCUCGAUCCACGUUGGUCAAGCUGGAGUCCAGAUUGGCAAUGCCUGCUGGGAACUCUAUUGUCUUGAGCAUGGCAUCCAGCCAGAUGGGCAGAUGCCCAGCGACAAGACCAUUGGAGGUGGUGAUGACUCCUUCAACACCUUCUUCAGUGAGACUGGAGCUGGAAAACACGUCCCCAGGGCUGUGUUUGUAGACCUGGAGCCCACUGUCAUUGAUGAGGUGCGCACUGGGACAUACCGUCAGCUGUUCCACCCUGAGCAGCUCAUCACAGGAAAGGAAGAUGCUGCCAAUAACUACGCUCGUGGACACUACACUAUUGGAAAAGAAAUCAUUGACCUGGUGCUGGACAGGAUUCGCAAACUGGUAUGUAGUUGUAAACAAACAAACAAACAUAAAGUGAAUGAUAUAUUAUGUUUGGUUACUGACCAGAUGGUUUCUUUUCAGGCUGACCAGUGCACAGGCCUCCAGGGUUUCCUGGUGUUCCACAGCUUUGGUGGUGGAACCGGUUCUGGCUUCACCUCUCUGCUGAUGGAGCGUCUGUCUGUGGACUAUGGCAAGAAGUCCAAGCUGGAGUUCUCCAUCUACCCCGCUCCUCAGGUCUCCACCGCUGUGGUAGAGCCUUACAACUCCAUCCUGACCACCCACACCACCCUAGAGCACUCUGACUGUGCCUUCAUGGUAGACAAUGAGGCCAUUUAUGAUAUCUGCCGUAGGAACCUCGACAUUGAGCGUCCUACUUACACCAACCUCAACAGGCUCAUUGGCCAGAUUGUGUCCUCCAUCACAGCCUCCCUCAGGUUUGAUGGAGCCCUCAAUGUCGAUCUCACUGAGUUCCAGACCAACUUGGUGCCUUAUCCUCGUAUACACUUCCCACUGGCUACCUAUGCCCCAGUGAUCUCUGCAGAGAAGGCUUACCAUGAGCAGCUCUCUGUGGCUGAGAUCACUAAUGCUUGCUUCGAGCCAGCCAAUCAGAUGGUGAAAUGUGACCCACGUCACGGCAAGUACAUGGCUUGCUGCCUGCUGUACCGUGGUGACGUGGUGCCCAAAGAUGUGAAUGCUGCAAUCGCCACCAUCAAGACCAAGCGCACCAUCCAGUUUGUGGACUGGUGUCCCACUGGUUUCAAGGUCGGCAUCAACUACCAGCCUCCCACUGUGGUUCCAGGUGGUGAUCUGGCUAAAGUGCAGAGGGCCGUGUGCAUGCUGAGCAACACCACAGCUAUUGCUGAGGCCUGGGCUCGUCUCGAUCAUAAGUUCGAUCUGAUGUACGCCAAGCGUGCCUUUGUGCACUGGUAUGUGGGUGAGGGUAUGGAGGAGGGUGAGUUCUCAGAGGCCAGAGAGGACAUGGCUGCCCUGGAGAAAGAUUACGAGGAGGUUGGUGUCGACUCCAUCGAGGGUGAGGGAGAAGAGGAGGGCGAGGAGUAUUAAAUGGCAGAAAGAAGUGUGACAUUUAGGAACCAUGAAAUGGAAAAAUUCAAGCAGUGAUAAUUAAAACUCACAACCAAUGAAAAUGAUGUUGUUACAGUUCUUUUGGACAUCCGAAAUAAAGCUCCUUUCAAACUAA